GCACCUGACCUCUUGGACCCCAAAUCUGCCACUCAGAACUCCAAGCCACGGCUGUCGUUUUCUACCAAGCCCACUGUACUUGCUUCACGGGAGGAAAGUGAUACAACUAUUAAUGUGAUGAAAUGGAAGACAGUAUCAACCAUUUUUCUAGUGGUGGUUUUGUAUUUAAUUAUUGGAGCUACUGUAUUCAAAGCCCUGGAGCAGCCACAUGAAACCAGCCAGAGAACAACUAUUGUGAUCCAGAAGCAAAUGUUUGUGUCACAGCAUGCCUGUGUGAAUGACACCGAACUUGAAGAUCUAAUUCAGCAAGUUGUGGCAGCAAUAACUGCAGGAGUCAAUCCUAAAGGAAAUAUGCCAAGUCAAGUCAGUCACUGGGAUUUGGGAAGUUCCUUCUUCUUUGCGGGGACUGUUAUUACCACCAUAGGAUUUGGGAACAUCUCACCACGUACAGAAGGUGGAAAAAUAUUCUGUAUCAUCUAUGCCUUACUGGGAAUCCCACUCUUUGGUUUUCUGUUGGCCGGAGUUGGAGAUCAACUAGGGACCAUAUUUGGGAAAGGGAUCGCCAGAGUAGAAGACACAUUUGUUAAAUGGAAUGUGAGUCAGACAAAGAUCCGCAUAAUAUCAACAAUAAUAUUCAUACUGUUUGGCUGUGUUCUGUUUGUUGCUCUUCCGGCAGUCAUUUUCAAGCACAUAGAAGGCUGGAAUACAUUAGAUGCAAUUUAUUUUGUAGUUAUUACCUUAACAACAAUUGGAUUUGGUGAUUAUGUUGCAGGGGGAUCAGAUAUUGAAUAUUUUGACUUUUACAAACCAGUUGUGUGGUUCUGGAUUCUGGUGGGUCUUGCAUAUUUUGCUGCUGUCUUGAGCAUGAUUGGUGAUUGGCUAAGAGUUAUAUCCAAAAAGACCAAGGAAGAGGUGGGAGAGUUCAGAGCUCAUGCAGCCGAGUGGACAGCCAAUGUUACCGCAGAGUUCAAAGAAACCCGGAGGCGCCUGAGUGUUGAGAUCUAUGACAAAUUCCAGCGGGCUACCUCCAUCAAAAGAAAGCUCUCUGCAGAAAUGGCAGUGAAUCACAGCCAAGACCUGACUCCUUGCAAAAGAACCUUGUCUGUCAACCACCUCACCAGCGAGAAAGAUAUCUUGCCUGCCAUCACAAAGACAGAUAGCAUUUAUAUGAAUGGCUUGACUCCUCACUGUGCAGCGGAAGAAAUUGCUGUGAUUGAGAACAUUAAGUAG